AUGCCAUCGGUUAGUUUGUGGUCAUGGACCCAGACACAUCCUUUCACUGUCAUAUCUUGGUCCAGAGGGAGACAGGGCACUCUGAAAUUACUCGUACAACCUCGAAAGGGCUUCUCUGCGGAUCUCGUACGUCAUGGUGCUCUGCCCACGGAUAGCUUGAUAUCAUUCUUGGCCUUAUUCACUGGGCCACAUGGAAUCACCGAGGACGUGGAUCCGUACGAAACCACUCUGAUCAUUGCGACCGGGUUCGGCAUCGUGACAUCGAUUCCAUAUCUCAAGAAAAUGAUUCAUGGCUACAAUACAUGUACGUCCCACACUCGUCGACUGCAUCUAGUCUGGCAGGUAGAUUCAAUGGGUGUGUGCAUUUACUAUGGUUCCUUUUCAGAUCCAAGCUAA